CUUGCCCCAUUGUUUACAUUGAUAAAAUAAUUAGCACAACGUGGUACUAGUGAAAGAUCAUCUACGUCUAGUCUAGUCUACGAACGUCGCUGACCGCUCCUAGUGUACCCAGUCAGCCUCCUAACGAGUAGCCCAGUACUAUGAGCCUCUGAGCCUCUGAGGGAAUGCUGAAGCCACUAGAACUACUGCUCCUAGUGUGUCUGGUGUGUGUGUGUGUGCCCACCAGAGCCCAGGACUGGAGACAGUGUCCAGUGAGGGACUACACAUCACCAGCCGUGAGGGACAGAGGGACACUGGGGUCACUGCUAGACACUGCUAGAGUCACCAGAGACAGUAUUGUGAGCAAUGACCUGCCAUACGAGGAUAUCCGUAGGGAGAUCAGUGAAGUCUACAACCAGAGUGGUCUCAGUGUGGAGCCAUUUGUGAGUCUGUGGAUACAGUACUCAGAGAACUACCUCUACCUCUCAUCGUUUGUAUUGUUUGUGGGUGUGGUCUUCCCGCUGGUGGUGGUGGGGUUGUGGGCGUUCUGGGAAUGUUGUCACGAGACUGACAGAGAACACGACGAUCAGGAUGACCACAGACAUCAUACUGUGAGGUCCCAAGCUCUCACCUGGUCACUAUCAGUGAUUGUGUUUCUCCUGCUCCUCUUGCUGUGUGUGUUCCUCGGAGUGUUACUAGCAGGUAACUCUCUCGUCAGCUCUGGUGUACGGAGUGGGGGCGUGGCAGUGGGUGUGGUCUUACCUGAGCUAGCUAGAGUGAGGGACAAUGCGUUGGAACAAGUGGAGCACUUGCUAGUGGACGACUACAAUCAACUAUUAGAGAGUGUGGAAGGCAAUGUUCUGAAUUCUGUUGGCCCUGGAGUAGCAGCCGCAGUGACGAUUAUGACACAGAAUGACACAGAUGCCUUCCAGGCCAUUCUCCUAGAGGAGGUGAAACUGGCACACAGUCUACACAACCAUACCGAGUCUCUAGUGACCUCAUUGUCUGGUCUUCAGUCAAUGUUACUAGCUAUCAAUGAAUCAUUGGUUGACCUAUUGACCUCGUGCAAUGCUGUGAUGAACUCAGCCCUCGGCAACUCAAGUGUGGGUGUGGCUUGUGGGAAUUUGACAGCUAUCAAUGCGGACAGUUUAUACCCUCGUAUCCAUGGUGAUGUGGAGGGUUGGAGGUCCUUACUGACAGAGCUAAACCAACUACUCCCUAUUCAGCCUCAGCCCAACACCCUCAACACAACACUGGUUGCCUACCUGACUGACUCCACCCUCAACACCACCACUGACCAUAUCGGCCACUUGAGCUCUUUUGGUCGUUCUAUUGAGAACUUCCUACAGGAAACAGUGGGCUAUUACAACUCAACGUUGACCUUUGACCUACCAAACUCUCAGUCGCAGUUGGACGAGUUUCUAGGACCACGUUACCUUGGCAAUUGGGAGGUCAUCCGCUAUGCCUGUACUCUGACCUUUGCCCUCUUUGUCCUAGUACUAGGGGUGUGUCUACUAGUCCCUAUUGGGCGUGGUCUCCUGAGCACUGUGUAUAAUGGAGAAGAUGAUAUGAAUCACUUGGAGACUGCUCAUCAAGCAGGAGCAACUCUCAAAAAAGUGACCUUUGUACUUGUGGGGGUGUGUGCUGUGUCUGCCGCUGGUUUUGGAGUAUUCCUUGUUUUGGGCGGAGUUCUUGGACGUUCAUGUGGUCGUCAUGGUAACUUCUCGUCUCUCCUAGACAACGUGGUGGACCACAGUGACUCGUGGGAUGAUGGCUACCCUCUAGGAGAUUGGAUAAUAGGGAAUACCUCUUAUCCCCUCACUGUAGGGGGUGUGGUUAACAGUUGCCGUGGAAACCUCUCGUUGUACGAGUCACUACAGCUCGGUGUUAGGUUGAACCUCAGUUCCCUCAGCUUCAGUGAGCAGGCUCAGUCAAUGUAUCAUGAUGCCAUGCGUGGUCUGGCCAACACCCUCCCACUAUACACACCCCUCACACCCUCACAAGCCUCACUCCUCACACUCCUACACAACACCUCCACCCUCUCACUCAACUGGUCCCUGCCUCUAGUACCUGAUGCUAUAUUCACGCAAGACUUUAUUGGACUUUCUCAGCUACAGCAAAUUAUCAAUUCUACAGAAUCUGCUGUGUUGGGAAUGUCCUCCUCUGUUGGCAGCGUUAGCAGUGAAUCAUUGUCAGCCAGUUUAUCAUCUGCUGAGAGUGCUCUGACUGAUCUAAUAGCAUACAUCACUGCGGACCUGAUACCCAGUGUGAAUGAGAGUGGUGCUAGACUAGCCGAGUGUCUGGUGAUGAGUCAAGCUGAUCAUGUGAUGACAGUGAGUGAGGCAUUAGCUGUGACAGUCAGAGACAGCAGCAUCACGCUAGCCAGGAGAGAGUUGUCUGUGGCUCUAGAUAAUGUCACCCAGCAGCUACUAGACUACAGCUCCUCCUCCCAGCAAACCCUCCAAUGCCAGGCUGGAUCUUGCCUCUCUCUGGCCACAUUAUUCGAUCAGUUCACUACUGCCUUCUGUACUGAGUUAGUCCCUGGCAUUGAUAUCUACUGGACCACACUACUGGCCAUUCUAACCCUUUCUCUGCUAAUACUGCUACUCUCUCUCUUCCUUGCUAGUCGGUUCAUCGAUCCUGACCUAAAAGAAGCGAUGGCUAAGAAGUUUCAUCUCUGGAGCUCUGUAUUGGAGCAACUCAGAGCGUUGUCAUGGUUAUUACUGUCGCUAGGGAUUGCUUUGUGGUUUGUAGUUACCGUGGCUACAGACGAGUUCUUUCUAAUGAGGUUUUGUGAUGGCGCUAAUUCGAUAUGUUGCGUACAGUGUGUGUGGGGUGUGGGUGUGGUCUUCAUCCUACUAGCAGCUAUAGUGGGCGGAGUCUCGAGAGUCUACCAGUGUGUCAUCGUCUACAGGAUAACACAGUGUGCUCAUGCCAAGGUCAAGCGUUACUGGGUGGACCGUAAGAAUGCUCUCCAGUUCUACACACAGCUACUCGUUCUCCUGCUUCAAGACGUCCCCUUCUUGAUCUUAGCUGGAGUCUACACCACACGUCCUAACCCUCUGACUGUAUCAGCACUGUUCACCAUCACCAGCUCACUCACUGGGAUACUAGCCUAUAUACUCUACCUAGUGCUAGAGAGAGGGAACAUUCUAGCAUACUGCACUUGGUUGAAGAAGGCACUCACAAUAAAUGGCUGUCCUAAAAAGGCUACAUUAGAGGUGACCAGUCCGGAGGGUCUUGAUAACGGCCAUGCCAACGGUGGUAUACCUAUGAUGAAUAGGAGGAGACCUCGUGGUCGCUAUGGCAGCAGCGAAUCCGACCAAUCAGACGACUCACAAACCACAACUCAACAAGAUGGUGACUGGCAGUAUGCUACUACAAGACUAUCAAAUAUUCCUGAACAACCUGAGGGGUUGGAGAUGAUACGAAGAGCCCCCCUGAACUUGUCCCCCCCAAGCCCCCCACGCAGUUACCUCUCACCUAGUCCCCCCCCAGGGAGACCACUUGUCCAUGUAGUACCCCACCUAGAGGACAGCGGAUCAUACAGUGAACUCAGCCAGGCACAGGGGUCUGCCAGUGUGAUGCUGGAUCACCUAGAUCCCAGUAAUGAGUCCGCCCUGGCUCUAAGGAGAGAGGCAGCCAUACAACAACCCAUGGUGGGCGGAGUUGAGAUCGCUCCGAGGGGAUUUGCCACGCCCACUAGCAGUGACUGUGGCAGUAUCUACACUGUGUCAGAAUACCCAGGCUACCUCAGCUCUCAGCCAGCAGACGAUUACUACAGAGACGAAUACAGUGACAGUGACUUGUCUCAGCUCCACUCUCAACGUGGCGGUAGACACACCCUCCGAAUGGGCGUGGCCAUCGGAGAGGUCUCCAUGGACGUGUGAGUGUGACCAUGAGAGACCACACCCCUUCAGACAGUGACGGUGAGCUAGCCCCUCCCCCCUAACUCGGACUGAACAGACACAACACCACCAUCACAUGCAAACACUCUCAGAGGACUGACUAAUAAUUAUUAUACUUACUCAACUUUAUUAAUCCAAUAUCUGACUUAUUUUUGUGCUCUCAAAUCAACUUUCAAUAAUUAUUAUUGCUCGACAUACGAUAUUAUUGAUUUCCA